CUGCGCCGCCGCCAGCUCUACUGCCGCACCGGCUUCCACCUGCAGAUCCUGCCCGACGGCAGCGUGCAGGGCACCCGGCAGGACCACAGCCUCUUCGGUAUCCUGGAAUUCAUCAGUGUGGCAGUGGGACUGGUCAGUAUCAGAGGUGUGGACAGUGGUCUUUACCUUGGAAUGAAUGACAAAGGAGAACUCUACGGAUCAGAGAAACUGACAUCUGAAUGCAUCUUUAGGGAGCAAUUUGAAGAAAAUUGGUAUAAUACCUAUUCAUCUAACAUAUAUAAACACGGAGACACUGGUCGAAGGUAUUUUGUGGCACUUAACAAAGACGGAACUCCAAGAGAUGGCGCUAGAUCCAAAAGACACCAGAAAUUUACCCAUUUCCUUCCUCGACCAGUGGAUCCAGAAAGAGUUCCAGAAUUGUACAAGGACUUGCUGAUAUACAGUUGAAGCGUGACCCCGAACCACAAUCUUAGAGAAAUUUCCAUGGAAAAAUCAUCACCCAGGAAGACAUUCAGAA